AUGGGGCCUGGACUCUACUCCGAUAUCGGGAAGAAGGCCAGAGGUUUGCUGCAUAUUUCGAUUUCUUCCGGGAUUCCUAAAAUGCGCGGAACUUUCCUUCUGCCAUUUCUCCCUUUCCCGCUGAUCUUUUUGGUUCCAAACUCUCAUCGUGCUUUUCCGUUCGGUGGUUGUCUAUUUGCAGAUCUUCUGUAUAAAGAUUAUCAGACAGACCAGAAAUUCGCCAUCACCACCUAUGCGGCGAAUGGAGUUGUGAGUUUAUCUCUUCAAUACUAGUCCCCAUUCUGCCCUCAUUUUUCCCUUCUCUUGUUUUAGAUCUGAGCUGCGAUAAUCUCGUUCAGCAUAUUUUGGUAGCUUUGACGAUACCGCAAGAGUGAUCUCGAUUUUAUUUCUGAUUCAGUAGAUGGGAUCUUCGUUUUUGUCUAAUACUUCGCUUAUUUUGUUCGACAUCCUAUCAGUUCAUAUAUGGUGUCAUCGCAGUUGUUGACAAUACAGACGGCUUACAGCUUUGAAUGUACCGUCAUCCCAAUCAGCUGUCAAAUACUGGCUUAUCAGUUCAUAUAUGGCGUCCCCGUAGUUCAUAUAUUGUAUCGUUUUACUGUUAUUUCUUUUGUCUGCCUUCGUUACUGAAACUUAAGUACGCCAGGUUCGUCAAGAUGUUUCGUACAGUUCAUGCCCGUAGUCUGCACAAAUCUUGCCAUGUUAUAGACCACACUUAAGGCUUCCAUAAGAAUCAUUGUUCUAGGAUUUUUAGAAUUCUUGAUUAAGUUCUGACUUUUGUGCCCGUUCAAUGAUAUUCCAGGCAAUUACAUCCUCAGGCUCAAAGAAACACGAUUUGAUCUUUGGUGAGAUUCACGCCCAGCUGAAGAACAAGGGUGUUACCACUGAUGUUAAAGUCAACUCUAACUCCAACGUAAGGCUCUCAUGUAGUAUGAACUUCUAGCCAUUUAAUAGUGCCUCUCUUUGUCUUGCAGUGCAUGUGCCGUUCAGCUGAUAAACAUAGCAUAACCAUAAAUCUUUCUUAUUCAAUUGUUAUUAUACGUUUUGACAUUCUAUACUACAUUUUCAAAUAGACAUAGAAAAUGUAGAGUAUGACCAUCAAUAAGAAAAUUGGUUUUAUCAAUGGAUUAGUUGUCAAUGCUUGUUGACUAUCUACAGUUGCUUGUUUUAUAUUUUCUUAAAACUUAGAGUAUUGAAAAUAAAUUGUCGCUUGGAUUUUAUGUUGAUGUUUCUUUACUGGAAAUUCUGUGGGGUUAGGGGUGCUGUAUUCUAGCCAUUGCGUAAAUAAAACAACAUUCAUGAAUUUUUCAUGACAGCGGUGUCUUUAGUCCCCAAUUGUCAUAUCGCGUCAUAUUUUAUUUGUUCCUAUGAAUAUAUAGAUACAUGUGAUGUGCUGUUUCAGAUCACAUUCACAUGACUAGUUAUGUAAACAUGCAGGUGCCUGUUCUCUCUUUUGUUUCUCCCUCUAGAGUGUUUAUAAAGAUGAUUAAAUGGUUUGAUCAAUCGAACACGUGGACCACAAGGAAUUUACGAUUGUUUUCCCUCAAAAGGAGAUGACCUCUGAUAUGGAUGGCAGUUGUGGGUUAUAUAAUGGCUUAAUCUCUCAUAGCCUGGUCAGCAGUCUACUGAGAGGAGUCUUUGCCUUAACAUUAGCUAUAGAUUCUAUGCCGCCUCCCCCGUUCAGGCUGCAAUCUGCAGACUAGUUGGAUCAUGAGCUACCAGGAGUCUCAAAGGAUGAGCUUCACUCCUCUCUCAAGUGAAGAUAAUACUUUCCUUGUGCUUUAUUCUCUCCUUAGGCAACUAUCUGGUGUUUUAGCUCCACUGGCUGCACACAAACUUCACCAUUCAGCUCAUAGUGGAAUAAACCGGAUGGACGGAGAAGGAAGCCUAUUGGUGAGUACUUAUAAGUAAGUGAGGAAGGAGGUGAUAUCGCAAACAGAUAGAGUAGAUGGGGUAAUGGUAUGAGAGAACCUUUUAAUACCGAGAUGAUUUAGGUUCAUUUAUUCAGAACGUUUCGAGGACAGACGGACUUGGGCAUCCUCAUUUUAUGCCAUUUUCUAGGAUAGAUAAGAUAAUCAGUGGUUACCAGCUAUAACUUAUUGCUCUAGACGAUCACUGCCCAUCUGUCUGACUUUAGUUAUGUCGCGGCUCCCGAGGUAUAUUUAUAAUUCUGUCAAGAUCAUCAAAUACCGCCCGAUUUUCCUAAUGGUGAACACCAGACAGACUUCUAGGGUUCGAUUUUUUUUUUUAAUUCCUUUUGUCCUUAUUCGGUCCUGAACCACAUUCCUGGGCAUUUUCAUCUCAUUCAUGUGAACCUGAUAUUUGUGACUUAUUCAGCCCAUUUUUGCUUCUCAACUAUAUGAAAAUCUCCUUCUAGAGCUUAAAUUUUUUUUGUAAGAAUUGAGGUGGUGGGUUACUCCCCGGGUCCUCCUGGAUUUCUACUAUUACUGUGUUGAUGAGCUUCUGUGUUCUUGACGUACAUGUUUGUCCCUGGGUAAGCAUACUUGCUUUGAUGAUACCUUGUCUCCAGCUCUUCACCACUGUCACCGUCGACGAGCUCGCCCCUGGGUUCAAGUCAAUCUUCAGCUUCGUCGUCCCUGACCAGCGAUCCGGCAAGGUACGUACAAACAUGCAUACAUAGGUACAUGCAUGCAUGCAUAUAUACAUGCAUGCAUACAUGAUUUAUUUAUUUGUGUACUUGCCACAGGUAGAGCUUCAGUACCUGCACGACUACGCCGGCAUCAGCGCGAGCUUCGGGCUGACGGCCAACCCCGUCGUCAACUUCGCCAGCGUCCUCGGCACGAAGGCCCUCGCCGCCGGCGCCGACCUCUCCUUCGACACCGCCUCCGGCAACUUCACCAAGUACAACGCCGGCCUCACCGUCACCAACGCCGACCUCAUUGCCUCCCUCACCCUGUAAGUUACUGAAUCCUCUGCUUCCUCUUCCUCCGUCCUUUUCUGGUCUCUGCUCUGACCGCCGGUGCGGCGGCGCCGUGGCAGGAACGACAAGGGGGACAGCCUGACGGCGUCCUACUACCACCUGGUGAGCCCGCUGACGAGCACGGCGGUGGGGGCGGAGCUGACCCACAGCUUCUCGAGCAACGAGAACACGCUGACUUUCGGCACGCAGCACGCGCUGGACCCCCUCACCAUGGUGAAGGCUCGCGUGAACAACUUCGGCAAGGCCAGCGCCCUCGUGCAGCACGAGUGGCGACCCAAGUCCCUCGUCACCAUCUCCGGCGAGGUCGACACCAAGGCCAUCGACAAGAGCUCCAAGGUCGGCCUCUCGCUCGUCCUCAAGCCCUGA